AUGCCUCCCCCGUCGCCCCCCCCCGCGACCCCGGGGAUCCGAAUCGAGCGCCGGUCCAACCCGGGCGGGGUGAACAUCAAAGGCAAAGAAUACGCGAUCGCGUGGCUGUCGUCCGAGCCCGUUAACUCGAUGACGCUGACGCUGUGGCGAUCGCUCCUCGCGACGCUGGAUUACCUCGAGAACGACGCGACGAUACGCGGCGUCGUCUUCGCGUCCGACCUCAGGAAGCCGAUAUUCACCGCCGGGAACGACAUCAACGAGCUCCACGCGCCGUCGACGUCCGCGACGAGGUACGCCGAAUUCUGGAAGACGCAGACGACGUUCCUGUGCCGGCUCCUGCGCUCGCCGCUCUCGACCGUGUGCGCGAUCCGAGGCGCGUGCCCCGCGGGCGGAUGCGCGGUGUCCUUAUGCUGCGACUACAGAGCGCAGACGACGCACGGGACGUUCGGGCUGAACGAAGUCGCGCUCGGGAUCCCGGUCCCGAAGUUCUGGGCGAGGCUGUUCGUGGAGAGCGCCACGUCGCGCGCGGACGCGACGCUCGCGCUGUUGCGCGGCGCGCUGCUCUCGCCCGCGGAGGCGAAAGGGAUCGGUCUGAUACACGAGCUCGCCGCGAGCGACGCCGCGCUCCUGCCGACCGCGGAGCGCGCGCUCGCGACGCUGUUGAAGCUCCCCGACGACGCGCGCGCGGCGACGAAAGCGAACGUCGUGCGCGCUUUCAGCGAAGAGUGGGAGGCGUACAUCGCGGAGGAGGCGAGGGGGGGGUGGGCGAUGUUAAACGAGCCCGCGAUCGAGACGGCGAUGGGAAACGUCAUCGAGCGGCUGUCGUCGGGGAAGGGGAAGGGCGAGAAGAAACCGAACCCGCGCGCGAAGAUGUAG